AAUCAAACAACGCAAGCAAAAGAAAUCUGCUGUUGGCGCAGGCAGUCGAGUCAAUAAAUUUACGAAAAAGUUCAAAUUUGUCUUUCAUAACUAAAAAAAAAUUAAUAAAUUGCAAGCGCAGUGUCGUUUCAAUUUAAUCAAAGUUAAAUCAAGUAACAAAAAUCUAAACCAACAUUAAAUCAUGGCUUUGGUGAAUGAAGCAAAAUUGGUACUCAGCCGUUUUGGUGCUUUUGGUCGACAGGUCCGUGCAGUUUCGACCACCACAACAUCUCUAUCUGCUCCUCAACCCGAAAUAAAAAAGGAACCACAAAUUAAAACUAUCCAAAUCUACAGGUUUUGCCCAGAUGCACCCGACAAGAAACCAUAUAUGCAAACCUUCAAAAUCAAUUUGAGAGAAUGCGGUCCAAUGGUGUUGGAUGCAUUGAUUAAAAUCAAAAACGAAGUCGAUCCAACAUUGACUUUCCGUAGGUCAUGUCGUGAGGGUAUUUGUGGAUCAUGUUCAAUGAAUAUUGGUGGAGUUAACACAUUGGCUUGUAUUAGUGAAAUCGACACAAACCUCUCAAAGCCAUUGAAGGUGUAUCCAUUGCCUCAUAUGUAUGUGUUGAGGGAUUUAGUUCCAGAUUUGAAUAACUUCUAUAGGCAGUACAAUUCUAUUCAACCUUGGUUGCAACGCAAAAACGAAGCCAAGGAAUCAAAGGGUAAGGCACAAUACUUGCAAUCCCUUGAUGAUCGUGAAAAGUUGGAUGGUCUCUACGAAUGCAUCUUGUGCGCGUGCUGUUCGACCGCUUGCCCAUCAUACUGGUGGAACGGUGAGAAAUACCUCGGACCUGCUGUUCUUAUGCAGGCCUACCGCUGGAUCAUCGAUUCUCGUGAUGAAAACACCAAGGAACGUCUGGACCAACUCAGAGAUCCUUUCAGUGUGUAUAGGUGUCACACAAUCAUGAAUUGUACACGCACCUGCCCUAAGGGCUUGAACCCUGGACGUGCCAUUGCCGAAAUCAAGAAAUUGUUGUCUGGCAUGGCUAAGAAAGCAGAACCCACCAUGGAAACAGCUGCUUUGCACAAGUAGAGGGAAUAACACAAAACCAAAAUAAAAACGAAACAUCCUUUCCUAUUUUUGUCAUCAUUUUGGAUGCAUAAGUGUCUAUGACUGUACUUAGUUUGUCCAACUCAACAAUCUCUUCAAUUUUAAUAGCAGUUGUAAUUUAUUUUGAUUUCUAAACUAGCCGAACUGCGGCGGAUGUUAAUAAUAAUGAUAUUCAAUAAAUUUGUUGUAAACAAAAGAA